GAGGAGACCACGGCGCAGAAACAGAACAGUCGCCGCACUGGUAAAAGACUCGGCCGAGUGAGCGGGAAGGGCCACGCGCCCUGGAUUUAAUGACAGGAUCAUCCCGGCGGUGGUGCUUGCUGCUGCAUCUCAUCGCAAGAGUGAAAUAUGUGUGAGCUAACAGCACAAGUCACUAGUGGUCUACUGCAGUUUCCAGAAGUGACCAUAGAAGCUCUUGCUGAUGAUGAGUCAACACAAGAUGAGGGCCUGUAUGGGAAAAUUGCUAUAGGUCGCAAUGGAUUGUCCUGGCUGGCGUGUGGCGCUCAUUUAGAGCUGCUUAACUCAAUCACGGGUGAACGACUUUCGGCAUAUAGGUUCCGUGGAAUUGGAGAACAGCCCCCAACAAUUCUGGCUGUAAAAGAAUUCUGCUGGUUGAAAAGAACUGGAUUAUUAAUUGGAUUAAAAGAAUCCGAAGGUAGCAUCCUCUGCCUUUAUGAUCUUGCAGUAUCCAGAGUCAUUAAAUCAGUGUUUCUCCCUGGCAAGGUGACUGCUAUUGAACCAAUAGUCAAUCAUGGAGGUGCCACUGCCAGUACACAGCGCUUGAAUCAGAGUCUGCGGUGGUUUUUUGGCAUAGUAGCUGUAGUAACAGAUACUGGACAUGUUCUGCUCAUUGAUCUCUGCUUGGAUGACUUCUCAUGUAGUCAGAGCGAACAAGAACCAGCAGAUCUCGAAGUGAUCAAUAGAUCUCCUGCAGAAAUUCCUCGAAUGAGAGAAACUGUGAUGAGGGAAGGGCGACACCUGUGCUUCCAGUUGCAAAGUCCAUCAGCGAUAGCAGCCUCAGCAAUGAGCUACGUGCCAAGAACCAACCAGUUGGUGGUUGGGUUUGCUAAUGGUUAUGUUCAACUCUGGAAUCUGAAGACUUUGAAAAAAGAAUACUAUUCACAGUUGGAAGGAGGAAAAGUACCUGUUUACGCAUUCACCUUUCAGGAGCCUGAGAAUGACCCUCGGAACUGCUGUUACCUUUGGGCUGUACAGUCUGCACAGGAUAGUGAAGGGGACGUGGUGAGCCUGCACUUACUUCAGUUGGCGUUUGGCGAUCGGAAGUGUUUAUCUUCAGGGCAAAUCCUCUAUGAGGGCUUGGAAUAUUGCGAAGAGCGUUACACUCAAGAUCUGACCUAUGAAGCAUUUUCUUCAAGGACGAGAAAUACCAAUGCUCGACUGCUGGGCUGUCAAACUGUAGAGAAAUUUAGGAAUCAUGGUGAUAGAGAAGAAAGUGUGAGUGAAGGCAGCUCACCAGACACCAGUGUGUCAAUUUUCAGUUGGCAGCUGAAUACAUAUGGGCAGCGGAAACCCUCCACCUAUUUGGGCAUAUUUGAUAUCAAUCGUUGGUAUCAUGCACAGAUGCCUGACUCACUAAGAGCAGGAGAGCAACUUCAUAACUGCCCCUAUUUUGCAAUAUGGUCUCUCGAUGCUGUUGUGUGCAUGACCUUUCCGUUUUAUCUGCUGGAUAUCUUGGUACAUGAAAGAAGCCUUAGCCGUGGAGUUCCUCCUUCUUAUCCACCACCAGAGCAGUUCUUUAACCCUAGUACCUACAAUUUUGACGCAACUUGCUUGAUAAAUUCAGGGCUUGUGCAUAUAACAUGCUCUGGGUUUCAAAAAGAGACAUUGAACUACUUGAAGAAGGCUGGUCCAUUUCUCAGUGAGGCUGUACCUGAUGGUUAUAGUCGUUGCUUGAUGGCUGGCCUUCUCUCUCCAAGGCUUGCAGAUGUACAGCCUUCUUGUCUAUCACAAGAAGAGAAACUUGAAGCAAUUUUGUCAGCAGCUGUGGAAUCUAGUUCCUUGGGAUUAAUAACUGGAUGCAUCAAACAGUGGACAGCAGAAGAACAACCUAGAUCAGCUGCUAGUCUGCGCUUUGUGCUUGAAUGGACAUGGAAAAAAAUCACACGAACCAAAGAGGAACUUGACAACAUCUGUGUUCCACUUUUUGAUGGAUCAUGUCACUUCAUUGACCCACACACACUCCAGUCUCUGCAGCACUGCCAGAUGUUACUUAGCAACCUCACCACCAUUGUUAGCUGUUUCCUUAAUGAGGCCCAGGAGCUGACUGAGCGAGGAUUGGUUGACUUAAUGAACAAACGCAUUGUAGGUACACUCAUUUCUCAAUACGCUCAGGUUGUGUUGUGGUUCUGUCGUGCUGGCCUACUCCCAGAGGGUUCAGAUGAUAUUGAUGUAUUACAGUUAUCCAGGCCCAUCUACAACUAUCCCAUUAUACAAAAUUAUUACACUAACAGACGGAACAAGUUGGAGCGUCUAUCAAAGGGCAAAUGGUGUUCAGACUGCCUAUUGAUUGAUGGAAUGGUAUCUGAAACUGGGGACCGCAUAGAACAGCUGUGGAAGAGGGAUGAAGGGGGAACAGGAAAAUAUCCACCCUCAACGCUUCAUGCUCUUCUUGAUGUGUAUUUGUUGGAGAAUGUGGAUGAAACAACAAAGCAUGCCAUUGCUAUUUAUCUACUGCUGGACGUUCUUUCUUCUGUUCCUAAUAAGAAUGAGUCCUCAAUUGAAUCUUUUCCACCUGCUUUUGCUGUACCCGUGGGUCUGGUGAACCUUAUCCAGGGAUUUUGGCUUUUGGAUCACAGUGACCAUGAGAAUGCCUUAGAUCGUAUUUUGCAUCCAGCAACUAGCAGGUCACUGUCUUCGUGGCAGCAUGUCCGAAUCAUACAAGCCUUGAUGUGCCAAGGAGAACAUAGAAAAGCCCUUCGAUACAUGCAGGCAAUGAAACCUUCAAUGGCUAGUAGCAGUGAAGUUAAACUUCACCUUACUGUACUACUCUUUAACAGGUGCAUGGUGGAGGCUUGGCAUCUUCUUCGUCUAAAUGCAAACAGAAUAAACGUAGAAGAUUUGCUGAGGCACAUGUAUGAGCUCUGUCAAGAGAAUGGACUAAUGGAAGAAUUACUUAAACUCCCUUUCACUGCUACUGAACAGGAGUGUUUGGAGAAGUUUCUGAAGAAGAGUGGCAGUCUUCAAAACCAAGAGUUUCUUUUAGUUCAUCAUCUCCAAAGAGCCAACUACGUACCAGCCUUGCAGCUUAAUCAGUCACUGAAAAUGAAUUUGAAUGAUCAUGAUCCCCAAAUUCGAGAAAGAACAGCUGCAAGGAAUUCCAUCCUGGAGCAGUAUGGCAAAGUUCUUCCAAGGGUUCAGAGAAGGCUGGCAAAUGAACGUGCAAAACCUUACCAUAAUAUAGCAAUUUUACGUGAAGUUACACGGCCCAAACCAUUAUCCACUGUGGCAAGGCGGACAACUGCAGGAAGUGUGAUUACUCGUGCAACGUUCAUCAAUACAGUGCUUUCAAAAGUUAAUGAGGUUUGGCUAAAAAGUGAACAAGAAACCAGUCCAAAACCUUCCAACAGCCCUAUGUAUAAUGAACCAACUUCAGUUAGUCCAGCCCUCAAAUCUGCUGAUGUGUCUAGCGCAUUUGUUGGCACACCCAUAAACAGGCAGUCCAGAAGACUUUCCAGGAUGUUGGAUUCUGUGCGCCAGCUGAAGACCAAUUUGCCCUUGAAAGCAGAGCCCACUCCAUGUAUACAAAUUAAGGCUAGCCCUUCCUGGGUGACGGCCAAUCCAUUACAGCCAUGCACCAUCAAUAGUGGUUACCUUGGAGGCAUUUCUAAAGCAUCGGAGCUGAAACUUUUACAAACACCUCCUGUGAUGAAGAGGGCAAGAAUACUUACAUCUUCAGAGGCUACUUUUGCCAAUUUUACUCCUCAAUCCAUCUUAAGAUCCAACCUUCGUCCCACAUCCUUAACAUCACCAUGUCCUUCACCGAGUAGGUCUUCAACUCCUUCAUUGCGUGGUAAAGAGACCAAAAUUUCUUUCUUGAAGGAGAAGCUAACUAUUCGGUGGACUAAUGGGAUUGCAGCUGAUGAAUUACAGCUACUGCCUUCAUCUUCCAAACUGAUUCCACGAACACCAUCCAUUGAAUCAUGGCCUUCAACUACAGAAAACCAGGCUAUGGAUGAACUAACUCCAGACAAUGAAGUGCUCUCUGAGCAAGUGGCAAUGGUUGACCUUCCUGGCACUGAUGUGGAUAAUACUCAAAUUCAACUCUCAAAAGAUGACUUUGAUAGUUCAGGAAGAACAGAAGAGUGGUCCAUGGAAGAAUAUGUGGAUGCUGCUGAGUCUCUGGAUAGAGGGGAUACUUGUAAGGAAAUGGAGAAACCAGUUUCUGAGGUAGUUUUGUUUGUAAGUAGUGGAGAGAAAAUCUUAACUUGUUCUCCUGCUUGUGUGGAAAAACGGUUUGAAGAGGAGGGUGCUGCAAAUGAUAACGUUGAAAUUCCACAAAUGGGAAACCAGGAUGUGCCUGUUAAUGAAAAUCUGUUUGAGUCAGAUGUUAACAAAACUUCUGAGUGUCAAGAAGCUUUGGACAUUGAUGCCAAGAAUGGAAGUACUUCGCCAAUGGUAGAUUCACCGCAGCAUACAACAGCAUUUGUCACAUCAGAUAAUGAGGAAGCAGUCCUUUUUAACCUUGAAUCUGCGAAUGAUGGUAAAGGCCCACUUCCAGAAAUGACUGAAGAACAACAACCAACUCAAAAACCACAGGAAAAGGAAGGAUCGUUCCAGAGUGAGGCCCACCCAUUUGCUGCAGAGACAGAACCUGUGGCGAUUGUAGUUGAUGAGGGCAUUCCCAAUACACAGUCAAGAAGUGAAGAAAAUGAAUCUGCGUUAUCAAUAAAUGAGGAAAGUGAUGUUGAAAUAAUGCAUGACAACGGUGUGUGUGCAAAGAAUGAACCACUUACAAUUUUGCUUCCUGUAAAUAUUCAGGAUGGUGAUGGUGAAUUUGAAGUACUGCCCUCAAGCAAGGAACCAUGGCCUGAAAACUCUGCAGAGUGCAUCCAGCAUGAAUCAGCAGUAAUUAUUGAAGUGGAUAACUCCAAACUUGCAGAACAGUCUUAUAGCACUGUAAAAGUUGAGAAUCAAGUUGAGGAUGAAGUUGUUGAGGUUGAGGAACGCCAUGAUAAUCAAGAAAACUUUACCUUAAUGUUGGAAAACAAUGAUGGGGAUGCGUCUCUUGAACUGUUGACACCCGCUGAGGAAAAUCAACAACCUCUUUCAGUUAAGGAUGAAAAAACAAUUGCAUUUGAACCAAUAGAAAGUAAACUUGGUGAACUCAAUAAAAAUGCUCCAGAGAUUAAUGUAUUUGAAAGUGAACAGCAGUCAUAUAUAAGGCAGAACUCUUUGGUUCUCCAAGAACCAUUAGAAGAUCAGUGUAACCUGGCUGAAGCAUUGCCCUAUGUGACUGAACCAAUUAAAGUGGCCAAAACAGAUAAUUCAAUAGAAAUUCUUAAAAUGGAUCAGUCAAAGGUAGAAUUAUCUGAACUGAUCUCCUUGCCUGUUCAGUUAGGUGCGCCAGUAAUAAAUGAGAGGAGUGAGUCAUGUAAAAGUAAGACAAUAAAGAAAGCGCAAGCAGAUGAGUCUGGCAAAGCUAUCCAGGCUAAGCACGUUGCAACACCUAAAAGAUCCUUGAGAUGUAAAGGUAAUAAGAUGAAUGAAGAUAAUACUCUAGAGAGUGAGGAGCUUGUGUUAGUGGAAAUACAGGAAGUUAAACCCAAGGUUGAAAUAACUGCAACACCAAGGAGAAGUACAAGGAGAACUGUUACAGGUGUAGUUGAGAUCCUGAAAAGUAACUUCGCUGACCCAAAGGAUGUGCCAAUUGAUCAAAAGUUUGACACAGUCCAACCUACCUCAAGACCCUCCGAGAAAACUAACACUCAUAAAACAAAUGUCAUAGAAAGUGGUUUGCUUGUCGCCAAAACAUCACACUCACAGCACACUGGAACUGUUCCGGUUUUGAGAUCCACAAGAAGUAGUGCUGCUAUUAAAGCAGAUAGCGAACACAGCUUGCAUCGUCCUUUAAAAACACCGCCACAUCAGCAAGCUGAUGUUCCUAUUACUUGUCAUUCUACUAGAAAGAAAAGUAGGAAACUUUCUGAAGUUCAUGCCCUACAAAAUGACCCACUUUCAACAUCGGAGAUUAAUGAACAAGUGCCUGUGCCACCCACACCUAGUAGACUUACAAGGAGUAGGGCCAAAGGUGCCCGUUUUACGGCACUAGAAAACAUUGCUGAACUGACUUCAAAUGUUGAGAUAACCCUGCCUGCUAAUUCACAGACAAAAAGGAGGCAGACUGUUCCAAGCAAAGAAACGACAAAGUCUUUAGCAAAAGAUAAUGCCAGGGAUGGCAGGCAAGAGGAACAGCUUACAGUAACUUUUACCCACAAACCAACUAGGAGGAGACCUGGUAAAGGAUCUGAAUCACAGGCAAUAAUUUUAUCAGAAGAAGAUUCUUACACUUUCUCUCCUCCUCUUACAAGAUCGUCAAAAAAGUCACAAGUUCAGAAAACAGUGUUGCAGGAGCCUUCUGUACAGCAACCACCAGAAUUUGCUUUUUCUACUCCUCUGACAAGGUCCAAAAUGAGAACUAGCAAAGCAGUCUUGCAGAUGUUAAAAGAGCAGGACUUGGGUGUUUUGGACGAUGAUGUUCCCAAAGUGAGGGAGGCUAAAAAACAGCAAGAGGAGAAAAGUAAAAAAUAUGAAGAGGAGGAGGAAGAGGAGCAGAGGGAGAAGAUGAGUACAAGAAGCAGAACUACAAGACGCAGAGUAAAAGGAAGUCCAGGGAAAACUAAGAAGACUUCACGGGCGGUUCCACAAGUGGAAAUUGAAUUUCUUUCUCCUUUAGCAAGUCCUUUGGAUACGCGAUCCAGCAAGAGAGAUGGGGAUGAUGAUGUUGAAUCUGUAGAACACAAAAUGACACUUCGUUGUAAGAGGAAAAAACUGAUUCCAGUGUUCCGAAAGCCAGUCACACGCAGAAAAGUAAACCGACACAAAUAGUGAAAAGUUUUACUGUUUUAUCAAUUUAAUACUUGGAUGCAGUUUAUAUAUAAGAGUUAUACAGUAUACAGAAAUGAGUGAAUUUCUGAAGUUCAUCUAAUUUUCGGAAAAUAAUUUAUAUAAAUUAUUUUAACAUUUCAUGAACAAAUGGUCUGUAAGGGGAACUGUAGCUCCAUAUGGAGUAUGUAACUGCUAUUUUUGUUUUUAGGCGAAUGUUUCUCAUUUUAAUUUUGUAAUGAAUCUUACAUUUUAUUAACGUAUAUAAAAUGAUUAAAUGUAAAUAUUUUUGACAUUUUAGGGAAGUUAUAAAUAAAAUGUAUACUUGGCAGUUUGAUAUGUUUUUUGCAUUUUUGUGAUGGAACAUUUUGCCAAUUGGGUAAAUGGUACCGUAUAUGCAGUUGUACAUCUCUAAAAAGUUUUUGUUUUUAACAAUCAUUUUAGAGACAUGAUAAGAUCGUCAGUAAUCUGAGGCACAGUUCAAAGUGGUGCUUGGCUACCUUGAGCUAUCUGACUUGUCAGCUUUCAUAAAAAGAGAAUAGGUUACAAUUGAUGUAUAGUACUUGUAUACCAUAUCUCUACUAAUUGCACGAAGUCAGUAAUUCCUCUUCAUCAGGAAAUAGCUUUGAUGUAAUAAGCUAUUUUCUCAUUCCGUGGAUGCUGUCAUUUCAAGUCUUUGCUCACAUCUAAUGCACGCAUAAUGGUUUUCAGUAUUCAUCCAUUGGAAAUGAUGCAUGCCAAUUGGAUUUGGAAAGGGAGGUCGAUAUGCGUGAAGAAGCUGGAGAUUUUAAAUUCAAUUGUUUUUAAAAAGUGUAGGAAAUGUUUUGUGCUGAUGAUACUAUUUUCCCCUUUUUCCUAUUUUUUUCCUCUCCCUUUUUUAAGUUAGCCAAGUACGCAUUUUGAAAUCAAGCCUGGGUAUCACACUGAUCCUUGUAACAUACUAAUUUUAUGCCAUGUGAUGCCGCAUCACGUUAUUUACAUUUGUCACAAUACUUGUAUCAUGUUUUUGGUUUUCAUCGAGAUAUGCUUGGCGUGCUGCUAUAAAUCAUACAACAAACUGAGAUAGCUCAGCAAAUACUGGUAAGUCAGGCAGAUUUUUAAAAAAAUAAAAAGAUUGCCGAAAUUGCUGUAUACAA